UGUCAAGAGAAAAUUGAUACAUUUUCUGAACGCUUGUGUGUGUGUCAACUUUUGUGGCUAUGGAAUGAAAUAGCUUUGUCACGAGAAAGCAAAACUAUGCUUGCGUUGAACUGGUUUGCUCGCAUGAACGUGGCAAAGUAUUCAUAAUCAUAAUAUCACAUGCUGACUAGUGUGGGGAACCCUAAAUAUAAAAGGGUUCCUGGAACAGCAUUUGCUUAUGUCGAAAUCUACGAAAUCACUUACAAAACUAUCAGAGGCUCUUGAGUCAAACGAGUCCUUGAAAAAGGAGGCGUUGAAGUCGUUGAACUCGCUGGUAUCAUUUGAAAUUAAUGACAAGAAGACGGGCGAGACUCAAUAUUGGGUUUUGGAUGCCAAGUCAGAAGGAAAGUUGAAGAAGACUGACAAAGUGGCAGACAAUGCCGACAUAAAGAUUAAGAUCGGUGAUGUCCAGCUUCGCAAACUUAUAGACGGGAAGGCAAGCGCUCAAAAGUUAUUCAUGACAGGAAAGCUCAAAAUCAAGGGUAACGUCAUGAAGGCCGCCAAUGUAGAGAAGCUACUCAAAUUCGUUGGUCCAGAAAAGGCUAAGCUCUAAUGAGCGAUCACCACGAUCGACAGCACCCCAAUGACGAAGAAUCCCUAGUGUUGUAAGCUUUGUAGUGAGAAGACGAGAGAUAAAUAUGGUCCAAAAAUAAACAUCACUUUUGCAU